AUACAUUUCGUUAUAAGCUGCUUAGUAGCUGAUAUUAACUGAUCCCUGAGGUCAUUAUCAAAUAGAUAUGUACUCGAUUUGACGUAAAACAACAGUUUGUAUUCAGUUUAAUUCAUAUUUAUUGAAAAUGGUGUCGACAGAAGUAAGAAACUCAUUAUUAAUAUUCAUUCUUUUUAUACAAACCGUUCUGUCACAAACUAAUACUUUCGUUGAUGUUAAAGUUUCUUUAAUUUCGAAAAAACAACCAACUAAAAAAGAACAAAUUACAAUAACGUCCAACAAUUUACCGCACAGUCUCAUCAAUUAUGAUCCCGAUGUUUACGAUUCUAUUAAAAUUGAAGGACAAUUUAUACCAAAGAUAUACGAAGGGGCGUUCAAAGGUUUAAAUGUAACACAAUUAAUGAUCAUCAAAACUGAUUUGAGAGAAUUAGAAGUUGGUGCUUUCAAGGACAUUAAGAAACUUGAUUCGUUGGUGGUCGCGGAAAAUUCGCUCAAAUUUGUCAAGAAAGGAAUAUUCACAAACUUAUCAAUUACUAAAUUGUAUCUUGAUGAUAAUAAAAUAAAAUCAGUCGAAGGUGGUUCCUUCGAGGGUAUGAAAAAGAUAACGUCCAUAGUAUUGAGUGUAAAUUUUAUCAAAGUAAUCGAAAAAGGAUCUUUUAAAGAUUUAGAAGAAUUAACGUCAAUCAGAAUCGAUUUUAAUAGGAUAGAAAGAAUCGAAGAAGGUGCUUUCGAAAAUUUACCAAAGCUAUCUAAAUUAGAUCUGGAUAAUAAUAAUAUAAAACAAAUAGAAGCCAGCUCAUUUGUGAAUUUACCAGCACUUACUGUCCUUUUAUUGCAAGUCAACGAAUUGGAAAGAGUUUCACUGAAAAAUUUGAAUAGUUUGAUAGUUUUGUGGUUGUUCGACAACAAACUGAAAUCUUUGGAUAUAGGAAUGUUGAAUGGAUUGAAAAGUUUAUCGAAAGUGAACGUUACCGAAAACAGAAUCACGUAUCUCGAAGGAACGGCUGUACGUUCUUUCGAAAUGCAUUAUCUGGACCUAUCAUAUAAUAAUAUCACUAGUAUCGGUGAUGGAUGUUUUAACGGAUCUAAUAUACAAGAUUUACUUUUGAACAACAACCAAAUAUUAAAUAUAUCGCCGUCAGCUUUCAAGUCGUCCAAGAUAAAGAAGCUUCUACUACAUAAUAACCGCAUAUCCAAAAUAAACAACGAUACGUUUGCUAAUUUAGAAAUGGACGAACUCACAUUGAACAAUAACUUAAUAUCAGAUAUAGACGAAGGCGCUUUCCAGAAUGCAGCCAUCAGAUCUAUAAAUCUCGAUGGAAAUAAACUGACCAGUAUCAAACAUGGUGUUUUUGAUACGGUUAGAUUGAGAUAUAUUUCAAUUUUGAAAAAUGACGCUAUAAACGACAGAGCUUUCAAUAACGUUUCCAAUCUUUGGGAUAACAGUUCGACAAGAUUAUCUUAGAUCUUUUAAGGAGUACCAAAAAGUAUUUUUUUUUUAAUAUAACUCAUGCAACAAAGUAAUUUUUUCUUUUCCAUUGUGUAACUACGAUUGGAACUAUUGGAAACUUUGAAAUAAAUCACACAUCAAGAUGAGUAGUGCAACGCAUUUAUUUAUUUCAGUUGAAAUUUUAUAAAUUUUUAUAUUCUAUAUAAACAAGUAAUUUUUUGGAACAAUUAACUUUUUUCUUAUAGACCCGGCAAGCAUGUCUGGCUGCUAUCUAUCUUGAUUACGCUUCUCAUACUAUUUUUUGAUAAAAUUUUUCCCCGCGUUAAUUUUUUUACUGAAAUCGUGUUAUACAGAAAAAAAAUUAAAGAAGUAUCUACGAAAUUGAAGAGUUGCUUAAAAGUUUGUGGUCUGCAUCCAGGAAUUUUUUUUACAUCGAUAAAAGCCAAGCAUUUUUUUACUAGGUCUGAAACUACAUAAAAAAAUUUUUUUAUGUCAAGAUGGUUGAAAAUGCCUUUUUUAAUUUCCAUCACAGUCAAUCUAGGAAAUUUGGUUUCAAGAAACGAAAAUUCGGGUCCGUCUUUGGAGAGUGAUUUUACUAAACUUUUAUACAAGAGUUUGGUCUCAGAAGUACCAGGCCCAACAAAGAAAAGACAGCAAUUCUGGACAAAUAUAUUUAUUUUUCAACUCAUUUUAGCUCCAUACAUUUUUCCCAACGAUGUUUAAUAAGUUCGAUUUGAUAAUUCUGAGACUUUUAUUAAUUAAUUUUGACUAUUACAGUAACGAAUGUGUGAGCUGGUGCAUUGUCAUUAUGAAACAACACUUUCUUUUUAGCCAAAUGCGACUGGUUUUUCGUGCAGGCAUUCAAACUCAAAAUGGUGUCAAACCUCUGAAUGCAGCUCCGAUUUUCCUGAAAAUUUAGAAUUAAGCUCAUAUUCACCUCCAUAUCAAGAUCUACAUGGUCGCAAGGUGUGUAAAUUGUUUUUAAGGGGUGAAAACCACCCCUUAUCGAAAAAUAUCAAUAUUAUAGUUGUUCCUACUUUUUUUCAGUUCAAAUUUUUUUCGUGUAUGCAGCAUAAAUAUCUUAACAUAUUGUAUAAUAAAAAAUUCAUAUAUUUUGAAGUAUCAACCCUUAAAAAUCUUUAAAAUCUACCAUUCUGAUGAAAAUAAUAUAGGAAAAAACCAUUUAAAACAUUGCAAUUUUAUUUUUACUGUGAAAAAUUCAAAGCAUUUCAAUAAAAUUGGUUAUUAAUUUUCAUUACUCAACCCUUAAAAACUACCCCUUUGCAGAGAAUGAUAUAAAAAUAAAUCUAAUGACUGCCAACUUUUAGAUUUUUCAUUCUUUUUGGUAUUAAAGUUUCUACUUGAAUUAAUUUUUGAUUGUCUAUACCCUGUCAAUCCUUAAGAAAAAAAUUUUAAUGACUGUUAAUAUUUUGAUUCUGAAUUCUUUCAGUAUCCAAGUGUAUUGACUGUUUAUUUGUUUUUGUAUCUCUUAUAGUUAUGGAGAAAAAAUGAGCAAAAAAAAUUUUUUUUAAAAUAAAAAAAAAGUAUUAUUUAAUGCUCAUUUUUUUUAAAAAUAUGCAUUUCUAAUCAGUGAAACUCUCAAAUGUCGUAAGUAACAUCCAAAUAAAGUAUUUAUUUUGAUUUUCAAUGAAAUAGUAUGAGUUUUAGUGUAAUUUUUUUAGCUUUAACUAUUUUACGUCAUAUCUCAAUAUUUCAAUCAAAACGACUUUUAUCAGUAAUCAUUUGAAAGGUCUUUUUAAGCUCUUUAAAAAGUAUUCUAUGACUUUUUGUUGAAAAAUGUACCCUUUUCCCGUUAUUUUAGGUUAAAUGUUCAAUUACGUAAAACAAAAGCUAUUCAAGUACCUAUAACUUGCUUAGGUAGAACCUUAUGAUCUUAAAAUAAAGCUUAAUUUCUUUGUUUUCUUAUAAGCUUCAUUUUUGUUUAUCACAUUUUUUCGAUAAAAUACAUCAUUACAGAGUUAUACGUAAAAAACUAUUGAAAAAUGCUGUUUUUUGACGAAAAAUCGUACUUUUCAAUUGCGAAUAACUCAAAAACUAUUAAUCUGGCGAAAAAACUUUAUAUGACAUUUUUUACUUUAAAUUUGCUGAUCUUCCGAUUUUUUGGGGUUGCACAUUUCGGCACUAUGUAGAUCUCGCUUUUUAGAUACACACCUAUCAUCUGUCAAAUAAAUUUCAAAUAAAUCGGUGCUGCAUUAAAUAAUUCGGAAAGGAAAUGCUUGAAUACCUGGCCUAUUUGCUUGAUUUCUUCGCUCAAAUGCUGCAAUAAAUUCGUAUAAUAUUCGCCAGUGACAGUUUUUCCUUUUACAAGGUAAGCAAAGAAAAUGAUUCCACGUCUUCCACGUCCAUCCCGAAAAACCGACGCUAUGAUCAUUCUUGCAGAUGGAACGGUCUUUGUCUUCUUUGGAGCCGCUUCUCCCUUUUCAGUUUAUUGUUUUUAUUGUUCUUUUGUUUUGAUGGACCCACGUUUCAUCCAGGGUUAUGAAACAUUGUAAAACACUCGAAGGAAACAUCUUCACGACGUUAUUUUUGUUCUAAUGUGAGCAAACGCGCCACCCAUUUUGCGCACAGCUUUCUCGUGCCUAAAUUUUCGGUUGAUAUUCGAUGUACUGCACUUUUUAAAAUGCCUAAUAUGUCUGCUAGCUUACGUACUUCCAAUAGUUGAAGAUCCAGCACCGCUUUGUGGAUUUUCUUCAACAUUUCUGGAGUCAUUUCCUCAUUUGGUCGACUAUUGCGAUGCUGCUCUUCGCCUCAUUUAAACUCUGCUACCCAAUAUUUUACCGCUGUCUCACUCAGAGAGUUCUAGUUCAGCUUUUAUAUUGUCUACCAAACAACGUAGCGUCUUCAAACUUGAAACAUAUGCUGUAACAGAUUGUGUACUUUCUAAUAUAAACAUCUCAUAAACGUAAAUCUUCGAGUAUUUCCUGAUAACUUUAACCCGUCACGUGAUCCCUUAUAAAAGUACGGACCCACGAGACCUACCACAUGGACACCUACCCACACACGGGCACCUCAGGCAGGUUUGAUUAUUUCUUGAAUCUUUUUUCGAGUGCAUUGCCUGAUUUAUGACGACUCAUGUAUAAAACCUCAUAUUUCUACCUGAAUUAUAUUUGUAAAUUGACAAAUCUAGAUAUUAAUGUCAUUUGGUUGGCUAAUCCAAGUAACGGAUGAUCGGAAUUACUAGAUAAACAACCUAUUUUAGAGCUUUAGAACUCAAAAGCAUUCAGCUUUUACAUAAUCAUCAAAAACUUGAUUCGAUCGCUAAUAUUUUCCGUAUAAUCGAAAUACGUCCUUCGAAGAUAUCAUGGAUGUCGAUUUUUUUCAUUUCUAAUUGCUAUCGACCAAAUUAACGGUUUCAAAAUAGUCGAAAAACAUUUUAAUCCGGUCAAUUCAGACAUUCGAAGUUACAUAAAUUCUCAUCAAGCUGCAAAUCAGUAAAAUUGUUUAAAAUACAAUUAAACAUAGAAUUUGAUAAUUUCCAUUGAUGGAAAAAAUUUUAUUCAAGGCAAAAGGUCAAAAAAAUGAGUUUUUCGCUAUUUUCAGCGAAACGGUGAGUUUUAUCAUAAAAAUACCUCAGACAAAAAUUAUAGAUCAUAAAAUUAUCUACAAAAAACGUGGCAAUACUUUUUUCUCUACGAGCCACCGUUACUGAGAAAUAAUGAUUCAAAAAGCUGUAAAAAUUGUCGUAUUUAAUGGUUUCAUCAUUUUCACCAGUAAAUUUUUCUUACAAUAUUGAAAUGAAAUGAGACUUGUUGUGAGUAUUUGUAAGAAAUUUCUAUUGACUUGUGGGAUUUAUCAUAAGUUUUGGUAUUUCUCGUGCAAUCAUUAUAGCCAUUAAAUACGACAGUAAAUCUGAACCAUUAUAACUUUCACAACUAUUUGAAUCGUUAUAUCUCAGAAACGGUGGCUCGUAGAAAAAAAAGUAUUGCUACGUUUUUUGUACAUAAUUUUAUGAUCUACAAUUUUUGUUUGAGGUAUUUUCAUGAUAAAACUUACCGUUUUGCUGAUAAUCGCGAAAAACUCAUUUUUUUGUCCUUUGACCUUGAUAAAAAUUUUUUCUAUACACGGAAAUAAUAAGGAACAUUCAAAUUUUAUUUUCAAUUGUAUUUUAUACAAUUUUACUGAUUUUCAGCUUGAUGGGAAUUUAUGUAGCUUCACUACUAUUUUUUGGUCUAAUUUGACCGGACUAUUUUAAUUUCGUACUAACUUCAAUAAGUGGGAAUUUUCGAUUCGACAUGCAUCAGAAUCCUUCUUGCAUUCCAACUAUCAAAAAAAAAUUAAAACCCUCCUUUCUGAUUAUUUUUUUAUUGGUUUCAAUUCUUAUAAAUCAUUUUGGAACCAUUGAAAAUCUUUCUACGAUUCUGGAGUCAUCAACAGCAGUAAUGGGAAUAUGUCAUUGACUUGCUUGCAUAUAACUAUUAAGGUUCUACUUUAUGGGCUUCUGAAUCCAUUGAAAAGCUUUGAUGGUAAUUCUUCUAGAUGUUUUGUUGCUUUCCCACCAAAAGUAGCAGCCUUUGUAAAUAAAAUAAUUCCGCAGAAAAUCAGUAGCAAAUCAACCUCAGGUAUCGAUACACUUAUACUUGCAUUUUGGACCUUAACAAAAUAGUCCUGGAAAUCAAAAAACUGUUUUUGAAUUCCACCAGAACUUUCUGAAUCGGCUCUAUCUUGAGAUAACAGUAUAAAAAAUAAAUAAUUAGAUUCAGAGGGCUAAAAAUAGAAAUUUCCUUAUCAAAUUGGAGUACAAUUAAUUAUCCAGUAGUUUAUAAUAACUUUUGUUCACUGUACUAUUAGAGAUGGAACUUCAUAGCCAGAUAUUUUGUUCAAUGUUUUAAACUUCUAACCAAGUUAACGCACAUUAAAUCAUUUUCAAUUCACUCGAAUAUAAUUGGUAUUUAUAAACGUACAAUAAAAAUUAUAUUUUAUAUAAAGAGAAAGCUAUUUCUUUUGUCUUUCCCUUCACAUUAAAUCCUCAUUUAUAUCACUUUAGAACUAUCUCAUUAUGUAGUAACCAUAUUCUAGGUCUUUAUAGAUAUCUCAUUAUUUCAAGCAACAGCAGACUGUUAAUAAGACACCUGAUACCGAGAAGUGUGUGUUACCCCAACUAGAAAGCGUCUUUAAUCAACGUCAACUUCAAGACAAACAAAAAGAGAGUAAAUCACCCGUCACAUAUCCAUAUGCCUUAAUGAGUUUCACUGGGGUUAUCUGAGAAAGGUUCCGAACCAUUUCAGUUUUAAAUUAACAGGAAGCUGUAUCCAGAUUAAAUUCGAUCAGAUUAAUAAGAAGUUGGAUAACAUUCUGGGUAACUCGUAAAUAUGUGGCUAGUUUUUGGUAUAUUAUGGUAGCAUUUACAUUUA